AUGCUGGGGGGACCGGUCCUGCUGCUGCUCGCGGAGCUCGCAGGCGCUGCAGGGCAGGGGCAGGAGUGGGACCUGGGUGGGAGGGAUGCCUCGGUCAUCGCCGUGCCCAACGGGGGACCUUGGGGAGACUGGGCCUGGCCGGACAUGUGCCCCAAGGGUUCCUAUGCCAGAGGCGUCAGCUUCAAGGUAGAGCCCCCCCAGGGGAUGAUGGAGGACGACACGGCACUCAACGGGAUUCGGCUGCACUGCUCCCGCGGCGGGGACCCCACGACGGGCUACACAGUUGAGUCCCAUAGCGGCAGAUGGGGCCGCUGGUCGGAGACCCGCUGGUGCCCCCACCGAGGGGGCUUGGUGGGCUUUGCACUGCGGGUCCAGGCACCCCAGCGCGGGCUCCUGAGGGAUGAGGUGGCCGCCACCAGCGCCCGCUUUGUCUGCUCCGAUGGAUACGUCCUGGAGGGGCCGGGGUCCCCCUGGGGCCAGUGGGGCGGCUGGAGCCCUCGGUGCCCGGGGGCAGUGUGCGGCAUCCAGACCCGGCAGGACCCUGCGCGGGGGCUGAAGAGGGAUGACACGGCACUGAAUGAUCUGCGUCUCUUCUGCUGCCCGUAACGAGUGCUGGAAACCCACUGCAGGGCACCCAAUCCCAGGACCGAGACACACAGCACAGCCUGGGCCCGGGGUCCCUUCCCCCAGGACCCCACAUCCCUGGGGAGAUGCCUUAGCCCUGGUACACUCCGGGGGGCACCUUCCCCUCAUCCCCAUGGGCUCCAUCACUGAACAAGUGCUGCUGCAGGCCGUCCAACACCUACCCUGCUUCCCAGAGACGCUCCCAAGUCCUUUCUGCCCUCACACAGAUUUUCAGCUAUUCCCCAGCAUCUCCAGGAUUCUCCCUGUCCAACCCUGAAAUGAGGUUUCAGUAAAAGCGUGCAGCCAG